UCGCGAUGAGAAAAUGACCAGCUUUCCCGUUUGGGUUUGGUUUUCCGAGCUCAAGUCACACAUUAGGCACCUUGUUGGCUUUUGGCAUGCCCCGCUCACAGCGCCUAGAGUAAUUUAGCAACCCGUGUAAUCGCUGUUUGAGUAACUGGGGGCUGCCGCGCUUCGGGCACGCUACAUGCUAUUGUAUGCAUAUCAAACCGUGUCUGCCGCUGUAUACGCGAUACUGCGCUGUGCUUCAGGGCUCGCAGUUGGUCAUAGAGACCACUGACUCUUUAGACUGAUUAUUUACUUGAACGCCCGAAGUGUUUUUAUUUUUUUUUUUCCUCUCAUCGUGGAAACCGUUAGCGACUUAUUUACGAUGGAGCAAUUCUCUAGCAACAUGCUUCUUAACAGUAGUCUUCUUUGCAAAGGCAAUUUCACGAACCUGUCAGCAGCGGAUGGUAAUCUUUCCUACAGAUGUGAUCGAUCAGAUGCCGUUAACAAGGGUUCAACUCCCAUGCUCGUUGCUAUCAUCAUCACAGCGUUGUAUUCCAUAGUAUGUGUGGUGGGACUGGUCGGAAACGUGCUGGUUAUGUAUGUCAUCAUCAGGUAUACGAAAAUGAAAACGGCAACCAACAUCUACAUUUUUAAUUUGGCCUUGGCAGAUGCUUUAGCUACAAGUACCCUGCCUUUCCAGAGUGUCAAUUUUCUGAUGGGAACAUGGCCCUUUGGUGAUGUGCUAUGCAAGAUUGUCAUGUCCAUCGACUAUUACAACAUGUUUACCAGCAUCUUCACUUUGACAACGAUGAGUGUCGACCGCUAUAUUGCUGUCUGUCACCCUGUUAAAGCUCUCGAUUUUCGUACCCCACGGAAUGCCAAAAUUAUCAAUGUUUGCAACUGGAUUUUAUCCUCAGCAAUUGGUUUGCCAGUGAUGGUGAUGGCAACUACAACAAAUGAUAGUAAUGGCAAGUAUUUUGCAUUUUUAGGUGUCACAGACUGUACUCUAACAUUCCCUCAUCCAUCAUGGUACUGGGAAAACCUUCUGAAGAUCUGUGUUUUUAUCUUUGCCUUCAUCAUGCCUGUUCUUAUUAUUACCGUGUGCUAUGGUCUCAUGAUCCUCCGGCUGAAAAGUGUUCGAAUGCUAUCUGGCUCCAAGGAGAAAGACAGGAAUCUCAGAAGAAUUACUAGGAUGGUGCUGGUAGUUGUUGCUGUGUUUAUUGUCUGCUGGACACCAAUUCACAUUUAUGUCAUUAUCAAAGCUUUAGUCACUGUGCCCAGCUCUUUGCUACAGUCAGUCACCUGGCACUUCUGCAUUGCUCUGGGCUACACAAACAGCUGCCUGAAUCCUGUACUUUAUGCUUUCCUUGACGAAAACUUCAAGAGGUGUUUCCGUGAAUUUUGCAUUCCUACUUCCUCAACAAUUGAACAGCAGAAUUCAGUUCGAACAAGGAAUGCACCCCGAGACCAAAACUCCAGUGCACAGACUGUGGACAGGUCUAACCACCAGGUAUGACUAGCAGUGGAGAUGUCAUCAUUGGACUCACGAUUUCAGGCUAGUGAUGACUUGCACUCGGAAGUGACACAGUUCACAACAGGGCUUUGACAUACAAGACUCUAAAAUGCGCUUAUGUACCAUUGUAAAUGCUAUUGCAGCUGUAAAUAAAGAAAUUAAAAUACGUGAAUUUCAUGGCUGUAGAAUUAGUAUAUUCAAAGAAUUCUACAUCUUCAUAUUGGCACUUGUAUAAGCAUUGAGGUCAUCUCUUCUUUUUGCAGCACAUUUGAAGGAACACAAAAUGUAAAUAUAUCAAUUGCAGAUUGUUGCUGCUAUCCUAUGGAACAGGCAACAUCUGCACAUGCUUGGAUUAGGGCUACUUCUGCACUCUAGAAUUGUGUACCUGUCUAUCUAUUGUACUUCUUCAGUAACCUGUGCUUAAAUGUUUCUUAUCUAGUUAUCCUAUAAUUCAAUAUUGUGGGUUUAUUCUCCUUAUUUUAAGUUGUUUGGACAGUUUGUUUAGUUAUACUUGUAUCUAUAGGGAGAUUAAUUGUAGCAGAUGGAUUUUCACACACGCCUGAGAACAUUUUUUAAAAAGUUGUAUAUAAUAUUUGAAAACGAUCAGAUUUUGUCAGUGGUGCAUAUUUUCUACACUUAAGGCAGGCAUUUUUUUAAUGUUAUUUUGAACUGACAUAUACGAUACAGUUUCCAGGAUAUUUAAUCUUUAAAAAUGCAGUGUGAGUGUCACAUAAUUGCUUGAUUAAGACCACAUUGGAAAUAUCUUUGACACUAAGUAACAAGUUAGGAGAUAAAGAGAGAAACAAUUAGUACAUUUUGAAAAAAAAAAAAAAGUCUGUGAAACAUUACUCCCUGGCUUCUAAUUUGGGAGAAUCCUACUAAAAUAUCCCUUCACCUACAAGCAAUUCCCUGAUGCAUCAUUCUCAAAGUUUCAAGAAAAGGAAGAAAUUAAAGAACUUCAUGUGCUAACAUGUAACACUAGAAAAAUCUUUGAAAAGUCAAAAGAUUAACCUUUGAUAUUUAUGAAGAGAAAUGUUUUAACUUCCCAAACAGAAAUUUCUCUCUGAAAUACCAUAUCAUAAUCCUUGAUGUCAGUCAAAAAUAAUGCACUGUAAGAGAACAAUUACUUGUUUCUGAGAUAACACAUUUUAAGCAUAUUUUUUAUAUUACUAAAAUAAUGACAUUCUUAGUUUUGGCAAGUUUUAUUUUUAUUCUGAAUUUAAUAUAAUGCUAAUAGCUCAACAGGACACAGUAGUUGUGAUAUACUUGCAUUUGUAUUUGUGAUGAAGCUUUUUCCCAAAAUGACUUUCAAAUAAUCUUUAAAUAUCCUCUAGUAAAGGCUUGUUUCUUAUAAUGAAAAGGCUAUACAUACACUAUAGGUUUUCAGAAAGUUUUAAUCCUGAACCUGAAAGGUGUAUCCUGUGAUAAAAGUGGCCAAAGAUUAGACCCUGUACAGUACUUAUACAUGUGAAUUACAGGUUUCUACCAUUUUUGGUUUAUAGUGUAUUUUUCUUGUUUCAGAACCAAGUCAACAUGGAUGCCAAAAACCACAAAAUAAAGUAUCUUGCUGUCACGGAACCAAUAACUCUAGAGAGCAAUAUGUCUUCGGA